AAUAGCUUUCAGCUGUCUGAGGUCUGAGAACUGAGCAGCUGUCACACUGUGUCUGCGCGCGCGUCCAGCAAACGACACGUACGGUUACUUGUGGAGAGGCUUGGCCAGAAUGGCACGCGGGCAUCAGAAGCUUCAGUCUCAGCAGAAAAACGCCAAGAAACAGGCGGAAAUGAAGAAGGCCAAAAGUCAUGAUCAAAAGACGGCAGCCAAGGCAGCGCUAGUGUUCACCUGCGCUGUGUGCAGGUCCCAGAUGCCCGACCCAAAAACCUUCAAGCAACACUUUGAGAGCAAGCACCCAAAAUCCCCUCUGCCCCCCGAGUUAGAGGGAGUGGAGGCAUAAACGCUCACCCUGGAUACCAAACCGAUUUCCUUCUAGGCCCUGCACCAACUCUGCACCAAUCUCAGUCGGACGGCAAUGGAUGAUUUGAUGUAACCAACAUGAAGUCUUUAUCUUCAUUUAGGCUUUAACAGGCCAGGUUGCCUUUAACACAAUGCUUCCUCCCAUCCAGUCCUCUUUUCGCUUGUGUUUAAAUACACACGGGCAAAAUUUAAAUGCCGGUUUUAAUUUCAGGGCCACUGAAGAACUGUAUAAA